AUGGCAGACGCAUCCAGUAACAUCAUCCCACUUACUGAGUCUCCGGAGUCUGGCCAUAAAUUUGACACAGUGGCUCUGUUUGGUUCUAAUGGACAGAUCGGGUCGUUCAUCUUACAAAGUCUGGUAGAUUGUCGGCAACAGUCGUUCAAAGUCCUAGCCUUCACUCAACCCGACACGCCUUCACCCAGAGAAGCACUCAAUCUUUCAAAGUCCAACAAAGACACCACAAUAGAAGUCAAGCCAGUCGAUCUGAUGCAAAUAUCCCAGUCCGAACUAGCUGAUCAACUAAAAGGCGUUGAUGUUAUCGUCAGCGCACUCAAUGGCAAAGCAUUGGAAUCACAAAAGCUAAUAUUGGAAGCUGCUGUUGAUGCUGGAGUCAAAAGAAUCUAUCCGAGUGAAUAUGGCAUGCAUCAUGUCUACACACAGAAUGAUGGAUCAGGAUGGGUGCAUCCAUUAUGGAACAUGAAAGCGAAUGCCAACGAAGACAUGAUCAAGCAUCCGGCAGUUUUUGACGGUAAGAUAUCGUACACCUUGAUCGGUUGUGGCGACUACUAUAACCAAGACCGUGAACCUAUAUGGUGUCCAUGGACACAAUCACCAAGCGAUGUCAAGGACAACUACAUUCUCCAUGUCGCAGGCGACCAGGAUGCAACGGCCGACUUCACUCAUUUGGCUGACUUUGCAGAGUUCCUGGUUGUCACCCUAUGCAAGCCAGAAGCCUCAAGAAAUAGAUCUAUCAAUGUCGUCAGCGAUAGCAUCUCUCACUCCCAAAUUGCGAAGCUGUUAGAGAAGUAUACUGGUAAACAAGUCAAGAUAGAGAAAUAUAACUACGAUGACCAAAGAAAGAUCCUGAGUGAUCCAAAAUCUGCCCCUAAAGAGCUCCGAGACAAGUCAAGAGAGGAUGGCGAAGGUCAGAGCGCAUUUCCAGUCGAUUUCUGGUUUUUGGUCAAAGGUAUGCAAGGAGCUGGAAAAUUUCGAUGGCCGAUUGGCGAGAGACAUGAGACAGAAUUUGGUCUCGACGCAAAGAACAUGAGAAACUUCGACUGGUAUUUCAGGACAAGAAAUGGCAAAGACUCUUAG